AUGUCUCUCCACCGCAUCUCCUUUCUGGAGGGCUGGGAGCGCAACUCCGCGGCCUUCCUCCGGAGACGGCCCGAGGACUCGGAGUCGCGCUCGGGACGCCAGUCGGACGAAGAGUCGGACUCGUACCAGGACCUUCCCGAGCCAUCGUUGUCAUCGUCGUUUCCCUCGACCUACAGCCGCCUUAAUUUUAACCCGUAUGCGGGUCCCGGGUGGAACGAGAGCACCGUCGAUGACGAUCGGCCUUCGUUUCUGGCCCUCUCUCCAACAGCAACGCGAGAUAGCCAUACUGGCCCACCUGACUGCGUACAGGGCCCGGAAUCUUUUGCUCCUGCUAUAGCACCUUCUCAAGAACCGUCUAGGGGAGAAUGGGAAACAAUUGGCGCCUUUGAGGUGAGCGCCGCGAAAAGAAUUGCUCAGGUAUUCUUUGCAGUUCUUUAUUGCUUUCUCGCCGCUGGGGUUGUCUUUGGCUUUGCCGCCUUGAAACCCGUCCUUGUUCGCGAGAAAGUAUAUAGAAACCUGUGCUCCACAGAGGAGUUGGAGCAAGAUGUUCCUGUAUGCGACGGGCAGGAGAUCCGCCUGAACUUGAUGUUCACAAUCGCCGCUGUAGUAACCAAUGUCUUCGCAUUGCCCGUAGGAACCAUCUUGGAUGCGUACGGACCGCGCGUGAGCGGCAUCAUCGGGAGCGUGUGUCUCGCGUUCGGGGCGCUCCUCUUCGGAUGGGCGAAUAAACUUCCUUUCGAUGGCUAUAUCCCAGGGUACCUUUUCUUGUCUCUGGGAGGGCCAUUCGUGUUCAUUUCGUCCUUCCAUCUCUCAAACACAUUCCCCACACGUUCGGGACUCAUUUUGUCGAUGCUGACGGGUGCAUUUGACGCCUCAAGCGCUUUGUUUCUGAUCUUCCGACUCCUCAACGAACACACACAAGGGGCGGUAUCCAUCCAGUCAUUCUUUCUUGUAUAUCUCGUGGUACCUGUGUUUAUUGUGACGGCCCAGGUAUUCGUCAUGCCGGCAACGUCAUACAAAACCACCGGCGAGCUCGUCCAGCAGGCAGAGGCGCAUCUCGUCGAGGAAUUGCACGAUCAAGUGGACCCGUCUAUCCACGACCGGGGCGAGGGUGAACGCCAGCGCAAUGAACGACGUGUACACCGACAGAGUGUCGUGAGCCAGAUUCAGGACUUGCUGGACGACGAUACGGCGUCUACCAUCAGUGCUAUCGGCAACCAAGAUUCGGUCUUCCAAACUAACCUGACGGAGCACCAGCCGAACAACAAUAAUACUAGAAAUAAUACCACCGGAAGCAGCAACUAUGACAACCACACAGACCCAUCAUCCCAACCGCAGAAGAUUCCACCAGGGCCGGCAGCCACUGGCCACACCAGCGGCCUUUGGGGCGUCCUCCACGGACGCAGCGCACUGCACCAAGUCCGCACGCCCUGGUUCAUUCUCAUCACACUUUUCACGGUCCUCAUGAUGCUGCGUAUCAACUACUUUGUAGCCUCGCUGCGACAACAAUACACCUACCUACUCUCAUCAGCAACGCUAGCCCGGCAGAUCAACUCAACCUUCGACAUUCUGCUCCCAGUCGGCGGACUGCUCUCGGUGCCGUUCAUCGGGACCUUCCUCGACACCUUCCACACGUGCACCGUGCUAGCCAUCCUCGUGACCACUGCCACCGUGAUCGGGGCCCUGAGCUGCAUCCCACACAGCCUGGGCGCAGCAUACGCGAAUAUUGCGCUGUUCGUGCUCUUCCGCCCCUUCUACUAUACCGCCGUGUCAGACUACGCGGCCAAGGUUUUUGGAUUCCAGACCUUUGGCAAGGUCUACGGGCUCAUCAUCUGUCUCGCUGGCGUGGGCAAUUUCGCGCAGGCGGGGUUGGAUGCACUCACGCUCAAGACUUUUGAUGGCAACCCCAUCCCUGUGAAUGUGGCUCUUAUGAUCCUAGUCGGUGGGGUGGGGAUUGCGUUGGUUGCAUUUGUGACAUGGCAGACCUUGACCGUUGAUUCCAAUGACGAGCCCGGCUUGUCUGGAGUGACUGGGUCUGGGGAGGGUGCUCAAUAUCCGGGUGUCAUGGCGAGAGACUGGGAGCGGCAGCCAUUGCUGGCGCGAGGAUCGAUGCAAGGGGAGAGAACAGCUAGGUCGUAUGGCGCAUGA